AUGGAAGAAGAUCAAUGUAGAGGAAGCAUUGAGCUGGAACAAGCACCAGAUGGAGAACUACCACAAACAACCAUGAGGAACUCAAUCAUGCCAACUGCCACAGACAACAAAUAUGCAGAGUCACCAAAACUAGAGCUGAAAGCCUUACCACCCAGCUUGAAGUACGCAUAUCUGGGUGCCAACAACACUUACCCAGUAAUCAUAAAUUCAAGUCUGAGUAAGGAACAAGAAGAGGAACUUAUCCAAGUAUUGAGACAACACAAGGAUACCAUAGGCUGGACACUUGCAGACUUAAAGGGGAUCAGUCCUUCAAUGUGUAUGCAUAAGAUCUUACUUGAAGAAGAUGCCAAACUUUUAAGACAACAACAAAGGAGGCUGAACCCAACUAUGACUGAAGUAGUUCAGAAAGAAAUGUUGAAAUUGUGGCAAGCAGGGGUGAUCUACCCCAUCUCAGACAGCCCUUGGGUAAGCCCAGUGCAAGUAGUCCCUAAGAAGGGAGGGAUCACUAUUGUGGUAAAUGAGAAGAAUGAAUUGAUACCCACAAGAACAAUAACCGGAUGGCCCUUUGAUAAACUCAAAAAGAAACUCUCCUCUGCACCUAUUAUAGCACCACCAAGAUGGGAUCUUCCCUUUGAACUAAUGUGUGAUGCAUCUGAUUUUGCUGUUGGUACUGUUCUAGGACAGAGGAAAGACAAGCUAGUACAUGUUAUUUACUAUGCUAGCAAGGUCCUUAGUGAGAAUCAAAGAAACUAUACCACCACGGAGAAAGAACUUUUAGCCAUAGUUUUUGCUUUUGAUAAGAGUGGAGCAGAUAACAAGGUAGCUGACCACCUCUCAAAGAUCCCACAAGAAGAAGAAAUGCAGCAAGUAGUACUAAAUGAAAGCUUUUGUGAUGAACAAUUGAUGAUGAUUCGAGUAGCACCUUGGUUCACAGACAUAGCUAACUUCAAGGCUAUUGGGAAGCUACCAACUAACAUCAAUAAGCACAUGAGGAGGAAGCUAAUCAAGGAUGCCAAACACUACAUCUGGGAUGACCCUUACUUGUUCAAAAAGUGUACUGAUGGUGUCCUAAGAAGGUGUAUAUUUCAUGAAGAAGGGCAGGAAGUGUUAUGGCAGUGCCACAGGUCAGCAUAUGGAGAUCACUUCAGUGGAGAAAGGACAGUAGCAAAAGUGCUUCAAUCUGGAUUUUACUGGCCAACAGUGUUUAAGGAUGCCAAGAAAAUGGUGUCAAGGUGUGAUGAAUGUCAAAGAGCUGGUAAUCUAACCAAGAGGAAUGAGACGCCACAGCAAUACAUACUAGAGCUGGAGUUAUUUAAUGUAUGGGGAAUAGAUUUCAUGGGACCCUUCCCAACCUCCUACUCAAAUAGCUACAUAUUAGUGGCUAUUGAUUAUGUUUCAAGAUGGGUAGAAGCAAUCGCCACUGCAACGAAUGACAACAAAGUUGUGAUAAGCUUCUUGAGAAGGAAUAUCUUCAGCAGAUUUAGAGUUCCCAGAGCUCUCAUUAGUGAUUCAGGGUCACACUUCUGCAACAAACAACUGGAAGCACUCCUUCUCAUAUAUAGAGUUAAACACAAAAUGGCAACUCUAUACCACCCACAGACCAGCGGGCAAGCUGAGAUCUCCAAUAGAGAGCUGAAAUGA